AUCGGCUUAUCGGCGUUGGCUGUGAAAAGUGUCAUUUGACAUAUUUGGCAUAUUCAUAAUGUGGAAACUUCUUCUAUUUACCAUUUUGGCAAUAAAUCAUUGCAAUGCUGUGCUGGAGGCCGAUGCCAAUACUCUGGUGUUGCUGGACAACUUGGCUAUCCGCGAGACACAUUCAAUUUUCUUCAAAUCAUUGCAAGAUCGCGGAUUUAAGCUGACAUACAAGCUUGCUGAUGACUCGGGUCUAUUGUUGUCACGCUAUGGCGAAUACUUGUACAAGAAUCUAAUCAUAUUUGCGCCCAGUGUGGAGGAAUUUGGCGGCGAUAUCAGCGUGGAGCGUCUGGCCCAAUUCGUUGAUGAUGGCGGCAAUGUACUGGUCGCUGGAAGUGAAAGAUCCGGCGAUGCACUCCGUGAAUUCGCCUCCGAGUGCGGCUUCGAACUGGACGAGGACAAUGCGGCGGUGAUUGAUCAUCUGCACUACGAUGUCAGCGAUGCCGGCAUGCAUACAAGCAUAUUGACAUCCGCAAAGAAUCUAAUCAAGGCGGAGAGCGUUGUGGGCAAACACAAUCGGCAAGCGGAUGCGGCACCAUUGCUCUAUCGCGGCACCGGCAUCAUAGCCGACAAGGAGAAUCCAUUGGUGCUGCAGGUGCUGACGGCAGAGAAUAGCGCCUACAGCUACAAUCCCGAGACGAGUGUCAAGGAUUAUCCGCACGCCGUUGGCCGCAACACGUUGCUAAUUGCCGCCCUGCAGGCCCGCAAUAAUGCACGAGUCGUUUUCUCCGGGUCGCUGCAAUUCUUCGCCGAUGAGACAUUCACGAUGGCCGUGCAGUAUGCCCAGAGCGGUGUUUUCCACAAGGUGGCGGGCAAUCGUGCCGUCGCCGAGUCCAUCGGCCAGUGGGUGUUCGGGGAGAGUGGCCGACUGCGUGUCUCGGCCGUCCAUCACAAUAAGGUGGGGGAACGUGAUCCGCCUGAGCAGGCAUACACCAUCACCGAUCCUGUUGUCUAUACGAUUGCCAUCGAGGAGCUCGUCCAGGGCGAAUGGCAGCCAUUCAAGGCUGACGAUAUACAAUUGGAAUUUGUGCGUAUCGAUCCGUUUGUGCGGACAUUCCUCAAACAGACGGCCGGCGGCAGUUACGAGGCCCGCUUCAAGAUACCCGAUGUCUAUGGCGUCUAUCAAUUCAAGGUGGACUACGAUCGGGUCGGAUUUACGCAUUUGUACAAUACGACCCAGGUGUCGGUGCGCCCGCUGGAGCACACGCAAUAUGAACGCUUCAUACCUAGCGCUUUCCCCUAUUAUACUAGUGCCUUCUCCAUGAUGAUCGGCGUCUUUGUGUUCUCGUUUGUCUUCCUGCACUUUAAGGAAGAAGCUACCGGCAAGUCAGCCGGCAAAGAUGACAAGAAGACCCAAUAGACAUUAAUUCGGUAUCCAUAUGAACAAAAAACAUGAUUUGUGGUUCAGAUUUCAUAUUUAAAUAUCACACAAAAGUAAAUUCAAUAAAUAAAAAUGUUUGUGGGCGUUCCCACCCAAUUAACGAA